AUGGUUCUUGACGUUAGCGAAGUGAAAGGAACGACGAGCGAAAAGCUCAACCAGAAGGCUGUUCACGUCUCGCCAAAUCAGGACAAGCGUCCGCCAUCAUCGUUGUCUACUGGUUCGUCGGACAGCGGCGUUUAUUCAUCGGGUGCGCUAGUUUCGUCUCAUAGCAGCCAGCCGACUGAACCAUCGUCGGGAUUGCAGACGAGCCCUCCAAGUCCAUCAACUCAGAUUAAUUCAUUGUUGUAUCAGACUGCCAGCUUGAUUGCUGUGAACGAGCAGCUGCGCAAGGAAUUGGCUGAGAAGAAUGAUCUUAGCUUCAAGGGUGUUCCAGCGACGACGCCUGAGCAAAUUCCGCCAUUGCUUCCAGCGGCGCCACUGAAUACUCCGAUCAACACUCGUGCUCCACGUGAACGCCGUGUCCCAAAGCCGGAGUCCUACAAGACUGUUAUCUGUCAAGCUUGGCUUGAAUCCAAGACUUGCUCGUUCGCCGAGAAUUGCCGUUUUGCGCACGGUGAAGAGGAAUUGCGUCCAUCGAAGUUGGAGCCGUGCCAAAACAAGAAGUACAAGACGAAAUUGUGCGAUAAGUACACGACGACGGGAUUGUGUCCAUACGGAAAGAGAUGUUUGUUCAUUCAUCCCGACCACGGGCCCAACGCCUACAUUCGUCCGGAUAAGCUGUUCGAGGUCUCGCAGCGUCAUGCGUUGGCUGAUCUUCGCGAUCAGAUGGAGAGCCAAAUUCUUAGCGGCAAUCGGAUCACCGUGCCGCCACCACCGCCACCGCCAUCAUCGUCGCGUCUUCUUGGCCGUCCGGUGACGCCAACAGAGCCGAUCGCGAAGCCACCGCAAUCGGUUCCGCUUGGUCCGACGCCGAUGCGUGGCCCGAGAUUCUCGACGAACGGUCGUUCGAUUUUCGAAGGAAUUCGCCCGCCAUCGAGCUGGCCACUCGAGCCAUCCUCAUUUUUCGACAAUGAAAUUCCUUCGGGCAAUAAGAUGUCUAGCCGUCCGGUUAGUCCAUUUGAAUCGAUGCUGAUGGGGUCCAAUAUGAUGACCAUGAUGGGUAAGAACUCGACACCCGGAGGAGUUUCGGGAUACGUUUCCGGUGGUUCUACGCCAUAUCGCGAUCUUGAAGCGUCUCCAUUCUCGCCGAUGCCAACGUUUCUGAAUCGCGCUCACCGCGAGGAGGACUCGUUCUCGAUGGGACCCGGCGCUUUCGAUCAUUUAGCCGAAGAUAUGGCGAAACAUUUGGAGCUGUGGUGA